CAACAACUAAAAUUUUCUACCGGAAUUUUUGUUAAAAAAAUAAUAAUUGGAAUUUAGAAGGAAAAAUAAAAAACUGUAUUUGAAGUCACGUGCAACGCACACACAAUAUAAGUAAGCUGAUCCCAGUGUCUGCUCUAUAAUUUCCCGCCUACCUAAAGAUUAUCACUUCCAUUUUUCCCGCUAUUCUCCAAAAACCUCAGAAACCCUAAAAAAUGGGGCAAAAACACCAACAAUCCACCGAUUCAACUUCCGAUUCCAAGAAGAAACGCCGAGUUGCAAUCGCUCCAAUCGAUACUGGCGUUGAAGCAAAUGAGUGCAUUCAAAUCUACAUGGUUGGCAGCAAAGACGAGGCAGAAGCUGGGACUGGCUAUCAGAUUGAUCCGCUUGAUCUGAAUCACUUUUUUGAUGAUGAUGGGAAAAUUUAUGGCUACCAAGGUUUAAAGAUUACAAUUUGGGUUAGCAGUGUGUCAUUUCAUGUGUAUACAGAUAUCACUUUUGAGAGCUCAUCUGAUAGAGGGAAAGGCAUCACAGACCUAAAAGCUGCUCUUCAGGAUAUGUUUGCUGAAAAUAUUGUUGAGAAAAAGGAUGACUUUUUUCAAACUUUCACAACAGAAAAGCAUUACAUCAGUUCAGUUGUCACCAAGGGAGAAUUACUGGUUCAAAAUGCCGCUGAUGGCAAUGGUCAUUCCCAUGCAGAUACUACUGAUACACAGGUUAUUCGCUUUGUCAUGGGUGACAUGUCUGCUGGGCUUCUUUAUAGCCGAUUAGUGCCUCUUGUUCUUCUACUUGUCGAUGGUAGCAAUCCUAUUGAUGUUACUGAUUCAUGUUGGGAGAUGUAUGUCAUUGUUCAGAAGAUAGCUGACCCAGAGGGAGACCAGAGUAGAUUGCUAGGUUUUGCAGCUGCUUAUCGUUUUUACCAUUACCCUGAUACUUUACGGCUUCGACUUAGUCAGAUACUUGUGUUGCCUCCUUAUCAACAGAAAGGGUAUGGACGUCGCCUCUUGGAGAUACUCAACAAUGCUGCUAUGUCUGAGAGUGUCUAUGACUUGACAGUUGAAGAACCAGUGGAUUCCUUACAACGUAUUCGGUACUACAUCGAUGUACCACGCCUGCUCACUUGCAGUGCUGUGCAGUCUGCAGUUGAUACUGCUGCUACACAUCUUAAAGAAGCCAAUUUGUCAAAGAGAACACAGUCUUCUCAGCUCUUUCCACCAUUAACAGCUGUUAAUGAAGUGAGGAAGAGCUUAAAAAUCAAUAAGAAGCAAUUUUUGAAAUGCUGGGAGAUUCUUCUGUAUAUUGCCCUUAAUCCAGUUGACAAAUACAUGGAGAACUACAGGAUCUUCAUCACAGAUCAAGUGAAAGCUAGUGUGAUUGGUAAGGAUACAGGGACUAAAGGGAAGCAGGUAAUCGAUACCCCAAAUGACUUUGGAGAAGAUGCAUUUGUUAUGUACAAGCCUCAAGAUUGUGAAGAUGGUCAUGUUGACGUUGAUGUCCUUGAUGAGGAUCAAAAGAAACAGCAAGAGCAGCAGCUGCUUCAAAUAGUUGAUGAGAGGGUAAAAGAGAUCCAAUUGGUUGCUCAAAAGGUAUCAACUACUCAAGCAUGAAGGUCUUAUGUUCCUAGGUACUAAGUGAGUUUAAGGUGUUUGCUUUCCUCUGAUUUAGCAAGACUGGCAGAGACAUUUCUUCUUUUGUUCUCUCCUUUCAGUUAGCUGUAUGAUUGUACUAGAUAGUCAUUUUCAGUGAUGUAGGAUAAUUGAGUUGUUUUACUUAUUUAUACUAACAUGAGAAGGGAGCAUUUGUCUUCCUGCUGAGUCCAUUGAGGGGAAUUCAGACUUUUAGUGCAUGAAAAUUACAUAUGAAGUUGAGUAUUUUUAAAAUUGAGAAAAAUUUUGGGCU